CAGGAUACAUUAGCAACAUGGCAUAUUUUCACUUUUGAUUUCUUCCAAACGUACCUCUUUGGCAAAUACAUAUACUAGCAGACGUUAUUUCCACAAAACACGAACCGUGGCGUGUGCAGCGCGACUUUAUACAGACUGUUGACUUGUGUAGCGAUGCCGAUGGUCUAGCUGAACCAAGGGACGGUCGUGAUGGUUAUGUGUGUGAUCAAACAUUGCACUCACACAAGUGGCAAAGAUUCGGGAAAAUCGUUUUAUCGUCUUCCCAGUGUCAUUACAAGACAGGGUGAACGAACAGAGUAUCUCAGUAGGAAGAGAAGAAAUGCCUGGCUCGGUAACAUCGGACGACCAGAGCUUAAAGAGCGAACCUACGUGUACAUUCGAGUCUGUAGCGAUCACUUCGUUAGUGGAAAACCCUCGCCACUGUAUAGUACAGAGAGCCCUGAUUGGGCCCCAACACUGAAUCUGGGACAUGAUGUUGUGGAAAAGCCUUUGUCCAAACGCGCGGCUGCCAGACAUGAGAGAUACAAGGAACAGAAGCGCAAGAAGCUGGAAUCUGAAGCAGCAGUUAGCACAGAUCAGUCACCAGACAUGGGCUUCAGUAAUGUAAUGCCUGUACCACUGCCAGUAAAUGCCACUGAACCAGGUGCCUGUAUCCCUGUGGAUCUUACACGGGUGAAAGUGGAGCCACCUGACCCAGUGCCCGUUGGACUGUACACAUCUGCUUUGAACGAUAGAUCUACCAUGUACUUGGAGCCAGCAUCUUCAUCAAUCCAUGAAGGCCAGCAGCAGUUGUCAGAGACAAAUAACUGCAAACCAUCAGAGCUUUUAGCCCGGCUAAUGGGUCCCCCACAGACUGCACUUCAGCGUGAUCACUGGCAAAACCAACCAGUUUCAAAAGAUGUGUUAUGCCAGUCAGAUAUUCCAGGGAAAGAUUUCUUAAGAAUGGAAGCCAAAUUGAAGUUCAUGGAGGCUGCCCAAAAACGUCUCUGUAGGGAAUUGUCCUGUUUACAUAGGAAAGUACUUGAAGUUGAUUUUACUGAAGAAUCCUUGGCAAAUAAUGAAAUAAAAGUCAACUUUUACACAGGCUUUGACAAUUUCAGAGUUUUGAAGAGGGUAUUUCAUGAUGUUUCUGAUGAAGUAAAAACGUGUCAAAAAGUCGUUGACAAGUUUCAGGAAUUUUUGAUUACUCUAAUCAUUCUCAGAAUAAAUGUGUCCUUUGGUGAUAUUGCGCUUCGCUUCAACAUUUCAGAAUGUACAGUGUCUGAAAUAUACCAGAACUGGAUGGGAAAUUUAGCUGUUAGAUUAAGGAACGCAGUACAUUGGCCUGCGAGGAUAACGAUGAGGGCGAACAUUCCGGAAAAGGCUAGGCUGUAUUUUGUAAAUAGUGACAAAAUCGCUGUGAUUAUUGACUGCCUAGAAGUGUUCAUAGAUGACCCAUUGCUUUCAUCAGGAGAGACUAGUUUAGAUAUUUCAGUUGACAAUAAAAACAGUUCCAGCAGGUUUCUUCUGGCAAUGGAUCCAUCAGGAAGGAUAAUGUGUGUGUCAGGAGGAUUGAGAGGUGACAUUACAAACAAUCAUCUCAUACAACACUGUUCCCUCUCAGAAAACCUUUUGCCAGGAGACUGGGUUUUGGCUGAUGAAAGAAAUCCAGACAUUGACGGUAGUGAAUCACAGUUCAAUUGUUGCGUGUAUGUAGCACGCAAAUUACCUACAUUUGAAGCUCAUCUGUCCACUCUUGACCUAAAUUCCAAUCGCUUAGUUCUGGACUUCUGUCAACAUGUCCGCCAUAUCAGUGGACAGCUGCAAAACAAGUAUCAAAUCCUUCAGGGCACCUUGCCCAGCGUUAGUGGUGUGUCUAUUGAUCAGGUGGUCUUUGUUUGUGCUGCCUUGUCAAAUCUAUCAUACAACUUUGACCAGUCUGGUUAAAACCUAUUUCAACAUUGAUUUAUUUUGAAGACUGUCGUUGAGUUUGGAUUUUAGGUCAAUCAAAACCUGAGAAAAGGUCAGAAACCUUGUUUGCAGCUGUCUGUCUUGGGAUUUACAUUAAUUUGCUGAAAGUUUGCAUAAAAUAAUGACUUAAUUCUAAAUUAGAACUUGAAAACUUUUUUGUGGCUGGCAGAAAGGGGGCAUGUCUAGUUUUAUUUGACCUGAAGAAUUCAUAUAACUUACGUAAUUACGUAGUUCAAGCCUUGAAUGCACAUCAUUGCGUGUCAGCUCACCGAACUGUAUGUUUGCUGAACAUUGUAAUAGUAAGAUCAGUAUUGGUCUAACGGUUUAUGUAUGUUUACAUUUGAAUUAGCCUGUUUAGGUUGAUUUUUACCUGAUGGAAAAUGUAGAUUUAAUUAUUUUGAAAGAAAUUAUAUCAUUAAUAUGAUUAAAGUUUUGUUCUUGACUUGUUGAGAAAAGUAUUAGAAGUUUACUCUUUUGCAAACCAGGCAUAUCAGAUGGGAGGAUAAAGCGAUCAGGUUGAUUGUCUGUGGCAUUUCCUCUGGAUUUUUGUUGGAUUACUGCAGCAAAUUCAAAGGUUUGCGAAGUCGCCUCAUCAACAAACUUCUUUAGGGCAGUGCAAGUAUCGUUGCAGCAAUAGUAGCCAGGUGAGGCGAAUAGACAUCCUCCUAUCAGUUUUUCAAUUCUUUAUUUUCAUUUUUCUAAUAUUUUUGAUUUUAAAUUUCAA